AUGACAACCAAGAUGGAAACACUUGAUCCUUCAACUCUAACAGAAGUCACUUCUACUGUCACCUACGACCCUAAAUCUGAGACAGUGACCUUACCGGGAGGGGUCGUCUCGGUGGCGGGCAUCACCGUGGUUACCGGGGGUGUUGAGCUGUCUUGUGGAUCCUGUAUGCUGGCCUUUGGUUUUUGGGGAACUCUUAUCGGCUUCAGUUGUAUAGCUGUGGGGCUGUGGGACGUGCUGAACAGGUCCAAAGGAGGAACCUCUCACUUACUGGGACUGGGAUUUGUGAUUCUGACCAUCAGUUUUGUGACGGUGGGAAGUGUGGUGGCAUUUUACCUCCUGACGAAGAAGAAGAGAGAGAUGACCAGAGAGCAGAGAGAGGACGGAAAAGAAGUUCUUGUAGAGAGUGGGAGGGAUGGACCCUAA